AUGUACAGCAAUUAUCUUUGGAAAGAAAGAAGUAGCCCACGUCUAAUGAUUGCAUUUCAUUCUGAUUUUCAAGGCUAUCAUGGUAUUUUAUUGGAUGGAUUACUUUCAAUUUUAGGAUACGCUGAAGAAACAGACGAGUCUCUAAAAAAUUGCACGGGAAUAGGAAGAGAAGAAAUUCUUAGUGAUGACUUAAAGUAUCCUUUAGCGUGGAGUGCUUGUAAUAUUCAACAAUAUUCAAAUCAAUUUCGAAAAUUUAACUGCUCUAACUCUAGAAGAAACGAAGCCAUUUUAGAUGAUACACAAAAAAAAAGAACAAAAUAA